UUUUAGAGCAAGCAGCCAGCAGCAGCGUCACAUGUUGUUUUUCUCCUGGAACUGAUCAAUCCCCUCCAUUUGGUCCUGGUCCCCGUACUGCUGUGGAUGACAGCAAUCGGUGUUAAAUGGAUUCGAUUUGAAAAAACGGGUGAUCUUUAAGUUUGCUUCGAGUUUUUUCUUCUCUUCUUAAUCCGGAACUUAAAAAAAAAAACAGAAGUGGAGAGAAAUGGCAAGUCCUCCGGCGACAGGAGGAGGAGGAGGAGGGGGACACCUGUUAUCCAACGGGACAAGCGGGGUGAAGAAGUGCGGGUACCUGAGGAAACAGAAGCACGGGCACAGGCGCUUCUUCGUGCUGCGGGAGCCCACGGAGCGCCACCCCGCCCGGCUCGAGUACUACGAGAGCGAGAAGAAGUGGAGGAACAAGUCCGCGGCCAAACGGGUCAUCGCUCUGGACUCCUGUUUGUGCGUAAACAAGCGCGCCGACGCCAAACACAAGCACCUCAUCGCCCUCUACACCAAGGACGAGUACUUCGCCGUGGCUGCGGACACCGAGCGGGAGCAGGAGAGCUGGCACGGGGUGCUGACUGACGUCAUAGCGGAGGGGAAGGUGUACGACACCCCCGCGUCCACGUCCUCUUUAGUGGGCUUUGAGGAAUCCAGCUAUGGACUCAUGACUCCGGCUGCAGCCGUCUACAAGGAGGUGUGGCAAGUCAACUUAAAAUCCAAAGGUUUGGGUCAGAUCAAGAACCUGACCGGGGUGUACCGGUUGUGUCUGUCCAGCAGAACCAUCAGCUUCGUGAAGCUGAACUCAGAGACAGCCGCGGUGAGUCUGCAGCUCAUGAACAUCCGGAGGUGCGGACACUCCGAUAGUUUCUUCUUUAUUGAAGUGGGCAGGUCUGCAGUGACCGGGCCCGGGGAGUUCUGGAUGCAGGCGGAGGACCCGGUGGUGGCGCAGAACGUCCAUGAGACCAUCCUGGAGGCCAUGAAGGCCAUGAAGGAGCUGUCGGAGUUCCGGCCGCGUAGUAAGAGCCAGUCUUCCAGCACCAACCCGAUCUCGGUGCCGACGCGGCGCCACCUCAACAACCUGCCCCCGAGCCAGACUGGACUAGUGAGGCGGUCCAGGACGGACAGCAUGGCGGCUACAUCCCCGGGGAGGAAGUUCACUUCCUGUCGGGUGAGAACUGCAAGUGAAGGGGAUGGAAGCGUGACCCGACCUGUAUCCAUGUCCAUAUCUGUGACCGGAAGUCCCACAAGUCCGAGCUCUGGAAGUCUGAGCAGGUGCCACACCCUGAGCAGCGGGCGCACCUGCAGGAUGCUGGAGUCCUCCUCCAACUCCAACCUGCAGCACAGCCGCUCCAUGCCGGUGUCCAACUCCCCCCCUGCCGCCUCCAGCCCCAUCAGCAUGUCUCCCAGAGGGGGGGGCGGCGUCUGCACUCCGGACGGGGCGAGGCGACCCUUCAGCUGCAGUGCCUCCAUCUCCGGCUCCCUCAGCGACGCCGGCUUCCUGCUGUGCGACGACUACAGCUCGAGCCCUGGGGAGCCCAGGUUCCUCCCCCUGACCCGCAGUGACACCCCGGACUCUCUGUCCAGCACGCCGCCGUCCCGCGACAUCAGCGACCCCUACAUGACGAUGGAGGGGUCAAGCAGGUCCGGGCUCGACAAGGCGUACAGGAAGCGCACGCACUCCCUCACCACGCCGCGCCAGCAGCGGGUGCUGACGCCGCUGUCCUCGGCCUCCCUCGAUGAGUACACCCUCAUGAGGAUGAACUCGCACUCCGCCUCCCCCAAGGUGUGCUACCCGGAGGAUUACGGCGACAUUGAGAUCGGGUCAUCCCGGAGCUCCAGUAGUAACCUUGGCGACGACGGCUACAUGCCAAUGACGCCAGGUGUCGCGUCCCAGUCCACUAAAGUGGAUAACUACGUCCCCAUGAGCCCCAUGUGCGUCUCAGCACCCAAGCAGAUUGUGAACCCGAGGGUGCACCCGCAGGCGGCCGCCCCGUACAAGACCAGCUCCCCCUGCAGCAGCUCCCUGGAGGACAACGGCUACAUGAGGAUGUGGUGCGGAUCCAAAUCCUCCAUCGAGAGCCCGGACCGGCAUGGUGAGUACAUGAACAUGUCGCCCGGGAACCCGCCCCCUCUCCAGACCCCCCCUGACUACUACUUGCUGGCUGCGGAUCCCGCUCACCAGGCGGGCUCCCUGACACUUCCUGUUAAACUCCAAACCCCGAAGAGUGAAGAAAGCAACCAGUACGUGCUGAUGAGUCCUCACAGCGGGAGGCAAAGGCCGGGGGAGUCUGAUUAUUAUUCUGUGGUACACCCGGUUCAGACCUCCCCGCUGAGCCCUUCAGUCCCCUCCCCGGUCAGGCACGGCCGGGCAGAAAGCCUGCCGUACAGAGGACGGCUCGGGAGACCCAACAGGCUGUAUCUGGACACCCUGAGGACCCUGCCCAGCAUGAACGAGCACCCUCUUCCGGGGGAGCCUCGGAGCCCCGGGGAGUACAUCAACAUCGACUUCAGCGGCCCCAGGUACUCCCCGCCCACAGAGAGCCGGUCUUCAUCUCUGGGAUCCAGCGGCAGCGGGGGGCCUGGGAGGUCGUCUCUGACGGACUACAUGAACCUUGAGCUGGGCUCGCGCUCACCUAAGGAGGCCGACAAGACAAGGCAAGAGGAGGGUGGAGUGUACCACCUGGAGAAGGAGAAGGGGUCUGAUGUGAAAGGUGACUACACCGAGAUGAGCUUCGGGAUGACCAGCUCACCUCCUCAGCUGGUUCCUCAGAACGCAGCAAGCCAGAUGAGCAGAGACAGGCAACGUUCACUGGAGGACCAGGGAGUCCCAGAAAGCAUCGGGGUGUUCCUGCUCGGCGGCCCCUCUUCCUCCACGCUGGACCCCGACUGCUCCGCCAAGGUGAUCCGGGCCAACCCGCAGGGACGCCGGCGCCACAGCUCCGAGACCUUCUCCGCCACCGCCACGGUGACGCCCGUCUUCCCGUCUUUUGCGCGCGGGGACGCGGUCAAGAGGCACAGCUCAGUGGAGAACAUCUCGUCCCGGAGCAGCGAGGGCUCCGACGAGGAGUACGGCAGCCCCGUGAGCCAGCGGAGCUCGGCCAGGUACCCCAGCGGACUGAACUACAUCGCCUUGAACCUGCUGGACAACAGGGACGUGGAGAAGUGCGAGGACUUGUCUGGAUUCAAAGCCGCCAGCAGCUGCAAAGGCGGAAUGCACGGAUUACACAGCUCACCAUAUGUCUGUUUGGGAUUCAAAGAGGCUGCAACUACUGCCAAAGACUGAAGGACUCCUUUAUCCUCGGGAUCGGUGUCUUCACUGAACUGCUGCUCAAAAACAAGAAGAGAAACUAAAAACUCUGCUAUGUGGCCCUAAAAGACUGUCUGGACCCUCACACACACACAUGCAUACACGCACUUGGGGAAACAAGCAGGUCACCAUCAAUGCAUGUCAUGAAUUUGGCUGAAGGCCAGACAGGUGUGUUCGUGUGUACGAGUGGAUGUGUGUGCGUUUGUGUGUGUCUCAUGUUCCCUGCGCUUUCAGAGGCCCAUUUCUGCUCUGACCCAAAUCUUGGCGCAAAGCACAAAAGGAAAGAUAGUCAAGACAAUAAGAAAACUCUAAUGGUACCCAGAUACUAUUUAUUUACUUGAGGCUGGUUUUAUGACUGGCUGUGUGUGUGUGCGAGUAUGCUUCAGAGACACAACCAACCAGUAUGCCAGUGAGAAAUGAAACUUUAAAACGGCCCAGGGAAUGAUGAUACCAAGGUACACUGAGUAAAUAACUAUAUUUAGAUUUAGAUAUUUUAUUUAUUUUUGAAAGAUGAAUGUCUGAUAAGACCUACCCGAUGCCUUAAUGUCUAUACUGUCCUUAUGUUUUCUAUGAAAUAAGAGAUAAAUAUUCUAUUUGGACCGGAGUCUCUAUAUUGUUAUUCUGUUGAUAAAAGUAAGAAGCCUAGCUUAACAUGUCAGAAAUGUACAAUACAGGGAGGCUGCUUGAGACCAGAUUUAUCGUAUUAAUAUUAAAGUAUUUUCUUAAUUAAUAAUUUCUUAUUUAUUCUAACCUAGUUUUAUUUGUGUCCAAUCAAAGAGCUGGACUUAAAGAAAUAUAUUUCUAAAUGUCUUUUGAGAGUUAUGCAUGUGGUUUAGCUCAGACCCCCACAACACCAGGCAUCUGAAUGCACUGUACCUCCCACGUUUCCUGAAGACCUCACACACUCCUACCUUCGAUCCUACGGCCUUGCUGUUGAGCUCGACGCAGGCCGCCCUGCUGUGAUAUCAUUUGACGGCACAACUGUCUAGUUUAGGUGACGAUGAAGGGGUGGAGCCAGUGGAAAAAAUGAUGAGGCUGGGGCACAGUUAAAAUGGUUUCUGAUCAUGCAGUGAGUUAGGGAAAAGGGGGGCUGCCAGGAAGUCUGUGCCGCAAAGAGAAAGAAGUGGAAAAGAGGCCAACUGCCACAUCUGGCACCAUCAUGGAGGUUCAGUGGAGAAUCAGCUGUCAAUGGUGUCAGCUAAAUCACUGACACCAUUAAAACAAUCCAAUCCGACUAAGUAUCUCUUUGUAGUUAGCCUUAGUCUCUCUUUGAAGUUAGCCUUAGUCUCUCUUUGAAGUUAGCCUAAGUCUCUCUUUUAAGUUAGCUAAGUCUCUCUUUUAAGUUAGCCUAAGUCUCACUUUUAAGUUAGCUAAGUCUCUCUUUUAAGUUAGCUAAGUCUCUCUUUUAAGUUAGCUAUACUUUACACAACAGUAGCCACUGUGGCCACAAGAAGAGAUUUAAAAAUAUUUCCAAAUAAAUUUGUAGUGUAACACUAGUACACGGCAUAUUGGAUUAAAAAGUAUGCAAAUCUACUCGGUAACUUCCGUUUGACAACAUCUGUCAAAACUUUGCUAACGUUUGCUAACGCCAUACGAGAGCUUUGUCAAGUUAGGGUUUUAUUUGCUAACUUUUAAAACGUAGUCUUCUAUCAUUGAGAAGACCCUUAACAUUUUUAAAAAGCUGAAAUGAAAAUCAAGAAUUCCCAAAACAACCAAAAAACUCAGCUGCUUAUGAAAAGCUUUGAACUUCCAAAAUGGCUGCUAGAUGUUGCGUUAACAUUAUCUCUCUUCUCAAACGUGUGAGCUUGUUGAACGUGUACUGGCUCACCACCCCCUUUAGUGUACAGUAGAUUGUAAAACUUGAACCAUGUCUGAAUGUAUCGCUGAGCUUAACACCACAGGAGCAUAAUGUGGGAAAUGGUUUUCACAGAGUCAUCUAAUAUUGGAGCUGUACCGCGCAAGGUUGUGGUAUCUAUUUAUGUUCACAGUCUUGAAUGUGUAUAUGUGUACAUAAGAGAGUUUAACUAAAAGAAAUCUAUUGGACAUACAUAGAGUACUUAGAUUUGACCUUUGUUGCAAUGAUAUUCCUGUGUAAAGACUUUGGCUACAGAUUUUUAAAAAGGGGGCGGGGCUUUUGCUUUGGGCUUGUACAGUGUAUGCUUCUCUCCCUCACAGUGUCUGACUAUAUGAAAAAAUACUAUUUUAUUAUAGAGAUCUCUUUGCCUUGUCGAUACACUUUACCCAAUGGCAUAUGCAAUAGUGACAUGAAACAAUCUAGUUUACAACCGUGGAACCAAAUGUAACAUUGCAUCAUUUUCUUUUUUUUUUCUGUUUUGCUCCUUGUACAUUUCUCUUUCUGCCAAGUGUUUUGGUUUUGUUGCUUGGAAAUUUGUUCUUAACAUGUCUCAAAGCGCUCUCCCCACAUUUCUGUGUCCCAUGGACGGACUCUUCUUUUACAGAUCCAUCUUGGAUCGGCUCAGUCUGACCGUGUCAUCGUCUUCCAUUGUACAUAGUUCAAUAUACUGUUUAUUGUGAUGCUCACAAGAGAUGAUUAUAAUGAUUUAUCAAUUCUGGUAGUCGAGUAUUGCUUUUGUCUGUAUUGAUUAUGGAUAGCAACCUACAGAAAUAAAUGAAUUUAUUUAAAGAGGUA